AACACAACCUAACCACACAAUAACCAUGUGUGAUAAAUAAAAGUUUGUUCAUGAAGAUUAAUUAGGAAUUAUUAAUCAAUAUGCAGGUGUCCGACCCAAAUAAUGUUAAGAUUUAUAAUCUUAGUGCCGGAAAGUCACUCCCAGAGUGGCUUUCCGAGCGUAAACGACGUGCAUUACUCAAAAAGAACAUUGAUAUUCGGCGUAGAAUUGAACUUAUUCAAGAUUUUGAUAUGCCAGGACUAAGCACCAAUGUUAAAGUGUCUAAAGAUGGCCAGUAUAUUAUUGCUACUGGAACCUACAAGCCCAGAGUUAAAUGUUUUGAUGUAAACAACUUAUCUCUUAAGUUUGAGAGAUGUUAUGAUGCAGAUGCUGUUGCUUUUGAAAUACUAAGUGAUGAUUAUAGCAAGUUAGUAUUCCUCCAGUGUGAUCGUUACAUAGAAUUCCACUACGCCGCUGGACGUUACUACCGUCUUCGAAUACCAAAGUUUGGCCGCGAUAUUAAAUAUCACCCAUCAACAUGUGAUCUUGUUGUCUGCGGCAUAGGACCAGACAUUUACCGACUCAAUUUAGAACGCGGACAAUUUUUAACACCAUACACAGGAACCGCUUCUGCCGUAAAUCGCAUGGCAAUCAAUCCACAAAACCAAUUGAUUGUCUGUGGCACACAAGAAGGCAAAGUAGAAGCAUGGGAUUCAAGAACAAAGACAAUUGUUGGCACAUUAGAUUGUGCUUUCAAUUGUGCGGUGGCAAACAAGCACGUUGAAACUACGGCAGUCACUUCCCUCAAUUUUUGUGGAGGACUUCAAAUGGCUGUUGGUACAUCCACUGGUCAAGUGUUACUGUAUGAUAUCAGAUCUAAUAAACCGUUUUUGGUGAAGGAUCACAUGUAUGGUUUUCCAAUUAAAGACGUUGAGUUCCACGCGAAACAAGAUUAUGUUUAUUCUAUGGAUAAAUCUGUUGUUAAAAUUUGGGACAAGAAUAAUGGUAAAUUAUUUACAUCAGUUGAAGGGGAAUCCGACUAUAACAAUCUAUGUGUUGUACCUGGUACUGGUCUAAUGUUUAUUGCUAAUGAAAACACAAAGAUACAAUCGCAUUACAUUCCCAGUUUGGGUCCCGCACCAAAGUGGGCUUCAUUCUUGGAUUCAUUAACCGAAGAACUAGAAGAAACCAACACCGAAAUUGUUUACGACGACUACAAGUUUGUAACUAAAACUGAGUUGGAGAAUUUGGGAUUGGAUCAUCUGGUUGGUUCUAAUAUGUUACGUGCGUACAUGCAUGGGUAUUUUGUCGACAUUCGUUUGUACAAGAAGGCCAAGUCUGUUGCUAAUCCAUUUGAGUUUGAAGAGUAUCGUAAGAAGAAAGUACGUGAAAUUAUCGAAAAAGAUCGUGUUAAUCGUGUACAAGUGAAUAAACUACCACAAGUCAAUAAAGAUUUAGCUCUGAAACUGAUGGAUGAACAAAUGGAUCCAAAGAAGAGGAAGAAAUCUAAGAGCAAUUUACUUCAGGACGAUCGUUUUAAGGGAUUGUUUGAGAAUGCUGACUUCCAAGUUGACAAGAAUGCUGAAGAGUACAGACUGCUGAAUCCUGUACUCUCAAGAUUAGACAAAAAUAAAAAGAAGGAAUUAGAAAAGAAAAUUUUGAAUGGAGAGUUUGAAGCGAUGGAUGACGAGUUGGAAGGGAAGAACAGUUCGGACGAGUCCAGUGAUGACAUGGAAGAUGACGAUGAAGGUGAAGAAGACAGUUCAGAUGAUGAUCAAGCUUGGACCAAGGAGGUGAAGAAACAACAUAAACUUAUACAACGUGAGAAGCGGCAGAAAGAACGGGAAGAAGGCAAACAACCGAAAAUGUUUGAACUACGGCAAGGUGAAGAAUUCAAAGGUGUACAACAUAUGAAACGAAAAGCGAAUAAAUCAUCUUUGGGUGAAAGGUUGAACACCGAAGGAUCUAACGUACGCAUGGUGGGUAGUAUCGGCAACAGGGAGAUGACUUUCUCUACUGGGAAGCGAAAACGUGAUAGAAACAUUGACGAGAAGAAUAAAAGGCAUCAUGAGGAGAGGAAACAAUUAAUGCGGCCGACGUUUGGUAUGAGAAGUAAAAAGCCUAUGUUCAGGAGGUGAAUAUAAAUUAUUUAUAAGUUAAUAAAAUAAAAUCUAAAAUGUCUAAA